AUGGCUACCGACGCACUUCGUGCACAAGUUGCUGCUAAAUGGCAAGAAUCCUUCGCGCGUCUGAACCAAAAUGAGCCAGGAAUCGUAGGAUUGCUGAAUUUCAGCCAGGCUUGGAAUAUUGCCAGGGAAUCUAUUCGCCCUAGGGGACUGAAUGAACGUGAUCCUUCUACGCGAUAUGAUAAAAGCACUUUCCAAGCGUCAUUCGAACUUUUGAACAAAUGUCGGCGCCUUCCAAUUCUCUUAGAAAGUUUUCUUGAGGAUAUGAGAAGAGAAUUUCCUGUAAUCAGAGAAGAAGUUGAACGAUAUACGCUCGAGUAUGAACGCACAUCAAAUACGAGCUUCAUCUUGGAUCUUGUAUUCCGACUCCUUCAAUGGUACAAAAGAUGGCUUCCGAUGCAAGAGUUAGGUGCCACCCUUCAUUCCGCCUUCGUUCUUUCAUUCCAGACCCAUCUAUUUUCUGUUCUCACCCCGACAUUUGUCCGAGGAUUCAAAGAAUUAUGUGCUUCUACGUUACCAUCUACGGACCCGGAAACAGAUGGACCAGUCCCAAAUGUGGAGAUGUGGCAAGCCUUCGAAACCAUUGGCCUUUUGGACAGAUACGAAAAUAUUAUUGCCAGUGUGGGGUACGAACAUAUCGAAGCUCAUGUGUUCUCAACCUGUACUGGACAGUGGUCAGAGCCUAUGCUGGGACAAUUGAGAAAAUGGAUGACGGACAAAGUUGUUCCUUGGAUGUUGUUGAUGUAUGCGAGAAACGCUACUACUGCGGAUGACGCUCGUGCUAUGCUGCAAAAUGUUGGGUCUAGAUUCGACUUUCACAUGGCCAAAACACUUUGUGACUUGCGGACGAAAGAGAUUUUCGAUAUCAUCAUCGAUUUCCCUGACUCUUCUGGGGCUCUGCAAGAUCUUAAAGAAUGUCUCCAUCGCGUUGAUCAACGGGCCUCUCUGGUGCACACCUUGCGCAAAGCGAACCGCAAACGUCUACUUCAUCCUGGAGCUGAUACACGCCUGAUACUCACACAAUAUGUUGCCACCAUUAAAUGUUUACGUCUCAUAGACCCUCCAGGAGUACUACUUUUCAAAGUAGCCGAUCCUAUCAGACGAUAUCUUCGGGAGCGACCUGAUACUAUACGAUGUAUUGUAUCUAACCUUGUCGGAGAUGAUGACAGUGGCGAUUCUCUUGUAGACGAAAGCGAACCCAUACAGGCUCUUCAACAGACAGAAUUGGAAGACUACACGGAUCCAAAUUGGGAACCAGAACCCGUUGAUGCUGGACCAGACUUCCGCGCAAACAAACCCAGCGACGUCAUUAGCACCCUCGUCAGCAUUUACGAUUCAAAAGACCUGUUCGUUAAGGAGCUUCAGGUGCUUUUGGCCCAACGCCUACUUGCUAUCACGGACGAUAACACUGAGAAAGUAGAAAAGGAGCGUCGCAAUAUUGAAAUUCUGAAAAUUCGCUUUGGAGAGGCUGCCUUACAAGUCUGCGAAGUCAUGUUGAAAGAUAUGACAGACUCUAAACGUAUCGACGGGCAUGUCCAGUCGCAGAAGGCGUCUGUCAUCCAUCCAACAAUUAUAUCGAAAAUUUUCUGGCCCAUGCUCGAGGCAACGGGAAUCAUCAUGCCUGGACAAUUCCGCGCAUUUCAAGAGGAAUAUGCAAAAGAGUUUUCCGCUUUCAAGCCGGACAAGAAGUUGCGCUGGCUACCACACCUAGGCACUGUUCAUCUGGAGUUACAUUUAGAAGAUCGAACGGUCAAAGUAGACGUCCCACCAUUAGAGGCUGCUUUUAUCGAACUUUUUUCUCAACAAGAUGUCUGGACAAUGGACGCACUGAUUGCGCAAGUCGGGUCCUCAGUCGACAGAACAGCAGCUCUCAAAGCGCUCUUGACAUGGGUCGACUUGGAUGUCCUCAAGGAACAGACCGAGAACACGUUCAAAUUACUUGAGGUUGCGGAGACCGUUGCGACUGGAGCUCGAGAACCAAGAGGCGUCACAACAUCUGCGGUUGAACUUCCGUCGGCACCGAGCGUCCAACAGCAACAGGCUGAACAGAUGAGAGUAUAUUGGAAGUUCAUUGAAGGCAUGCUGACAAACUUGGGCUCGCUCUCCAUCGAUCGAAUACAAACAAUGUUGAAGCUUGCGCCCGGCUAUGACCAGACCGUAGAACAAUUAGGUAUUUUCAUGGAGGCCGCUCGCCAUGAAGAGCUGGUAGUGGUUCGUGACGGUAUGUGGAAGUUGACACCUAAAUAA